UCGGAGCCAUUUCGCCGCCGCCGCCGCUGCAGCCUCCGACUUCGUGCGUGUGGCUUUGCGUUCGCUGUGUGUCCGUCGCUAAGGCCGAAGCCACGGACGGUCCUAAGAGGGCUGUGCUCUCGGGUACCAGGAAGCGGACGCCGGUCUGAAGAAGACACUUGAAUCAUGGGUGACGUUAAAAAUUUUCUGUAUGCCUGGUGUGGCAAAAGGAAGAUGACCCCAACCUAUGAAAUCAGAGCAGUGGGGAACAAAAACAGGCAGAAAUUCAUGUGUGAGGUUCGAGUGGAAGGAUAUAAUUACACUGGCAUGGGUAAUUCCACCAAUAAAAAGGAUGCACAGAGCAAUGCUGCCAGAGACUUUGUUAACUAUUUGGUUCGAAUAAAUGAAGUGAAGAGUGAAGAAGUUCCAGCUAUUGGGGUAGCACCCCCUCGGCCCCCAGCUACUGAUGCACCUGACAGCACAGCAGAUACUGGUGAAGGAGGACCUCUUCCACAUCUGGCUCUCAAGGCAGAAAAUAAUUCUGGAAUUGGGGCCUCUGGCUAUGGUGCUCCUGGGCCCACCUGGGAUCGAGGAGCCAACUUGAAGGAUUAUUACUCAAGAAAAGAAGAACAAGAAGUACAAGCGACCCUUGAAUCCGAAGAAGUGGAUUUAAAUGCUGGGCUACAUGGAAACUGGACCUUGGAAAAUGCUAAGGCUCGUCUGAACCAAUAUUUCCAAAAAGAAAAGAUCCAAGGAGAAUAUAAGUACACCCAAGUGGGUCCUGAUCACAACAGGAGCUUUAUUGCAGAAAUGACCAUUUAUAUCAAGCAGCUGGGCAGAAGGAUUUUUGCACGCGAACAUGGAUCCAAUAAAAAAUUGGCAGCACAGUCCUGUGCGCUGUCACUUGUCAGACAGCUCUACCACCUUGGAGUGAUUGAAGCUUACUCUGGACUUACAAAGAAGAAAGAAGGAGAGACAGUGGAGCCUUACAAAGUUAACCUUUCUCAAGAUUUGGAGCAUCAGCUGCAGAACAUCAUUCAAGAGCUAAAUCUUGAGAUCGUGCCCCUACCUGAUGAUCCUUCUGUGCCUGUUGUACUCAACCUUGGCAAACUGGCUCAUUUUGAGCCGUCUCAGAGGCAGAACCAAGUGGGCGUGGUUCCUUGGUCACCUCCACAGUCCAACUGGAAUCCUUGGACCAGUAGCAACAUUGAUGAGGGGCCCCUGGCUUACGCUACUCCAGAACAAAUAAGCAUGGACCUCAAGAGUGAAUUAAUGUAUCAGCUGGAACAGGAUCAUGAUUUGCAAGCAAUCUUACAAGAGAGAGAGUUACUGCCUGUGAAGAAAUUUGAAAGUGAAAUCCUGGAAGCAAUUAGUCAAAAUCCAGUUGUUAUUAUCCGAGGCGCUACUGGAUGUGGUAAAACCACACAAGUUCCCCAGUUUAUUCUAGAUGACUUUAUCCAGAAUGACCGAGCAGCAGGAUGUAAUAUUGUAGUAACUCAGCCCAGGAGAAUCAGUGCAGUUUCUGUGGCAGAGCGAGUUGCAUAUGAGAGAGGAGAAGAGCCUGGAAAAAGUUGUGGCUAUAGUGUUCGAUUUGAGUCUGUACUUCCCCGCCCUCAUGCCAGUAUAAUGUUUUGUACUGUGGGUGUACUCCUAAGAAAAUUAGAAGCAGGCAUUCGAGGAAUCAGUCAUGUAAUUGUAGAUGAAAUACAUGAAAGAGACAUAAAUACUGACUUCCUUUUGGUAGUGUUGCGUGAUGUCGUUCAGGCAUAUCCUGAAGUUCGCAUUGUCCUCAUGUCUGCUACUAUUGAUACGAGCAUGUUCUGUGAAUAUUUCUUCAGUUGCCCAAUCAUUGAAGUUUAUGGGAGGACUUACCCAGUUCAAGAAUAUUUUUUGGAAGACUGUAUUCAGAUGACCCACUUUGUUCCUCCACCGAAGGACAAGAAGAAGAAGGAUAAGGAUGAUGAUAGUGGUGAAGACGAUGAUGCAAAUUGCAACCUGAUCUGUGGUGAUGAAUAUGGUCCAGAAACAAAGGUGAGCAUGGCUCAACUGAAUGAGAAAGAAACUCCUUUUGAACUCAUCGAGGCUCUACUUAAGUACAUCGAGACCCUUAAUGUUCCUGGAGCUGUGUUGGUUUUUCUGCCUGGCUGGAAUUUGAUUUAUACUAUGCAGAAGCAUUUGGAAAUGAAUCCACAUUUUGGAAGCCAUAGGUAUCAGAUUCUACCUCUGCAUUCUCAGAUUCCUCGAGAGGAACAGCGCAAAGUAUUUGAUCCAGUACCAGGUGGAGUAACCAAGGUUAUUUUGUCCACAAAUAUUGCUGAGACAAGCAUUACCAUAAAUGAUGUUGUUUAUGUCAUUGACUCCUGCAAGCAAAAAGUGAAGCUGUUCACUGCUCACAACAAUAUGACCAAUUACGCUACAGUCUGGGCAUCCAAAACAAACCUCGAGCAGCGGAAAGGACGAGCUGGCCGCGUACGGCCUGGAUUCUGCUUUCACCUCUGUAGCCGAGCUCGUUUUGAGAGACUCGAAACCCACAUGACCCCAGAGAUGUUCCGAACACCAUUGCAUGAAAUUGCUUUGAGCAUAAAACUUCUGCGUCUGGGAGGAAUUGGCCAAUUCCUGGCCAAGGCAAUUGAACCUCCGCCUUUGGAUGCUGUGAUUGAAGCAGAGCACACACUUAGAGAGCUUGAUGCAUUAGAUACCAAUGAUGAGUUGACUCCUCUGGGACGAAUCCUGGCUAAACUCCCCAUUGAGCCUCGUCUUGGCAAAAUGAUGAUAAUGGGGUGUAUUUUCUAUGUGGGAGAUGCUGUUUGUACCAUCUCUGCUGCCACCUGCUUUCCGGAGCCUUUCAUCAGUGAAGGAAAGCGACUGGGUUAUAUCCAUCGAAAUUUUGCUGGAAACAGAUUUUCUGAUCAUGUGGCCCUUUUAUCAGUAUUCCAAGCUUGGGAUGAUGCUAGAAUGGGUGGAGAAGAAGCAGAGAUACGUUUUUGUGAGCACAAAAGACUCAAUAUGGCUACACUUAGAAUGACCUGGGAAGCCAAAGUUCAGCUCAAAGAGAUUCUGAUUAAUUCUGGAUUUCCAGAAGAGUGUUUAUUGACACAAGUGUUUACUAACACUGGACCAGACAAUAAUCUGGAUGUUGUUAUCUCUCUCCUGGCCUUUGGCGUGUACCCCAAUGUGUGCUAUCAUAAGGAAAAGAGAAAGAUUCUCACCACUGAAGGGCGUAAUGCGCUUAUCCACAAGUCAUCUGUUAAUUGUCCUUUUAGCAGCCAAGACAUGAAGUACCCAUCUCCCUUCUUUGUUUUUGGUGAAAAGAUUCGAACCCGGGCCAUCUCUGCUAAAGGCAUGACCUUAGUCACCCCCUUGCAGCUGCUUCUCUUUGCCUCCAAGAAAGUCCAAUCUGAUGGACAGAUUGUGCUGGUAGAUGACUGGAUCAGACUGCAAAUAUCUCAUGAAGCUGCUGCCUGUAUCACUGCUCUCCGGGCAGCCAUGGAGGCUCUGGUUGUUGAAGUAACCCAGCAGCCUGAUAUCAUCAGCCAGUUGGACCCCGUUAAUGAACAUAUGCUAAACACAAUCCGCCAAAUCUCUAGGCCCUCAGCUGCUGGUAUCAACCUUAUGAUUGGCAGUACACGGUAUGGAGAUGGUCCACGUCCUCCCAAGAUGGCUCGAUAUGACAAUGGAAGUGGAUAUAGAAGGGGAGGUUCAAGUUAUGGUGGUGGAGGCUACGGGGGUAGUGGAAGCUACGGUGGCAGUGGCUAUGGUGGCGGCUCCAGCUCCUACUGGGGAGGCUAUAGAGGGGGUUCCCGAGGUGGCUAUGGAGGUGACUACAGAGGGUCUAGUGGAGGAGGCUACAGAGGAUCUGGGGGAUUCCAGCGAGGAGGUGGCAGAGGGGGCUAUGGGAGUGGCUACUUUGGACAAGGAAGAGGAGGUGGUGGCUAUUAAAGCUUGCUUAUGUCAGUGCCUGUGCAUAGACAGGUAAAAAAAAAAAAAUGCAUGCUACCCCUUUUCCCUAGUUGUUUAUGUGCUGCCAGUAAGUAAACCCAUUCCACCCAUUCUGUGGUUUGUUGUAGUUUAAGGAAACUAAACAUAUUAGGUAUAUUAGUGAUUUUGUUUAUAUUAUGUAAAAUAUCAUGCUCUAUUAUAAAAGUACUACAGUUUGUAUUUUUUCUUUAAGGAGUAAAGAUUUGCCUUUAAAAUGAACUUGAUAUUUUCUUGAUUUUAGUUUAAUACAAUAGAAAUAAAGUAUUACAUUGAA